GUCAACAGAGUUGAGGAAAGGGGGCGGUCACUUGAACGCCUCUCCUCGGUGGGGGGAGAAAACGUUUCCGUGAGGCGAGUUCAGGUGCCCACAGAAACCCAAGCGGGACGCGUUCGCAUGUGCUCCGCGGACGGCCGCCGCCGACUCGAGCCUUUCAAAACAAAAACCAAACAAAUCCGCUUCAAAUUGGACUCCCGAGCGGGGUUAUUUGCGAGUCCACGAGAAGAACUUCGGAGGAGAAAAACAAGCGGAGGAAGUUUGCGACUUCUCCCUCCAACCGGUUCCUCCUCCCACUUUUCAAUUUCGCAACUCUUGUUUUUUUUUUUUAUUUUUAUUUUUUUAAAGACAUCACAGCAGAUGCGGAGUUAUUUGGCGCUAUCUACAAGAAGCUGAACGCGGAUUCAAGUGGAUUUAUUGUUUUUUUUUUUUUUUUUCGUUUUGUUUUGCAACUUCCAAGGACAAGCGAAUAUCCUCGGCGUCAUCACAAAUAUGCGGCGAGACCAGGCCGCUGCGGUCCGAAGGCGUCUCAUCCGGGGACCAGUAAACCUCAAAGACUUGCUCCUUGGAUUAUAAUCUCGCCUCUCAUGGGCAUAAUACGUGGACUCGUGGCCCAUGUGUAGCAGGGCAUCAUCUGCAGCACGUGGGAUCACAUAGCCCAAGACUUUUUUUGGGGGGGUGGUGGUGGUGGUGGUGGUGGUGGGGGGGGGGGUUCAGAUUACUCCUCCAAGGGGCGAAGGGACCGCCCGGCUCAGUUGUCUCCCCUCAAAGCCGUCGACCCCAUGGCCUUGCUCAGGUUGUUCAGGAAGCCGGGGGGCAAUCUGGGGAAGUCCUACCAGCCCGGAAGCAUGCUGUCCCUGGCCCCCACCAAAGGACUGCUGAACGAACCGGGCCAGAACAGUUGCUUUCUCAACAGCGCCGUGCAGGUCCUCUGGCAUCUCGACAUCUUCCGACGCAGCUUGAGGCAGCUCCCCGGCCACUUCUGUUUAGGAGAGUCGUGCAUCUUUUGCGCGUUAAAGGGCAUAUUCUCCCAGUUCCAGCACAGUCGGGAGCGGGCGCUGCCGUCAGACAACCUGCGUCACGCCUUGGCGGAGACCUUUAAGGACGAGCAGCGCUUCCAGCUGGGCUUCAUGGACGACGCCGCCGAGUGCUUUGAAAACAUACUGGAACGGAUCCACCUGCACAUCGUGCCCGAGGAGACGGACGCGUGCACCUCAAAGUCUUGCAUCACUCACCAGAAGUUUGCCAUGUCGCUUUACGAGCAGUCAGUGUGCCGUAGCUGCGGGGCCUCCUCCGACCCCUUGCCGUUUAUCGAGCUGGUGCAUUACGUCUCCACCACCGCACUCUGCCAGCAGAUGUUCCAGCGCAAGGACGAUUCCUUCGGAGAAGUGUUACAAGCGGCGUGUACGGUCGGAGACCUUCGCAACUGUCCCAGCAAAUGCGGCCAGAGGAUUCGGAUCAGACGCGUCCUCAUGAACUCCCCCGAGAUCGUCACCAUCGGCUUCGUGUGGGACUCGGACCAGUCGGACCUGACCGAGGACGUGAUCCGCUCGCUGGGGCCGCACCUCAGCUUGUCCGCGCUUUUCUACAGGGUGACCGACGAGCACGCCAAGAAGGGCGAACUGCUGUUGGUGGGGAUGAUUUGCUACUCCAGCCGCCACUACUGUGCCUUCGCCUACCACACCAAGUCCUCCAAGUGGGUCUUCUUCGACGACGCCACCGUGAAAGAGGUCGGCUCCCGGUGGAAGGACGUGGUCAGCAAAUGUAUUAAAGGUCACUUCCAGCCGCUUCUGCUGUUUUACGCCAACCCCAACGGCAGCGCCAUCACGGCGGAGGACGUGUCCCGGCAUCACCUGAGCCAGACGCAGGACAAGAACUCUGAGAACGGGGAAGGUGCGACGUCGCCGCUUCCGUCGCCCAAGAAGCUGGAACUGACCAAGGAGAAUCUGAGCGCUCUGCUGGGUCUCCCAACCUCGCUAAAACCGAAAACCACUUCCACUUUUAGCCGCAACAGUGCCCACACAAGUGGAGGAAGAGGCCCAGUGAAAAUUGGCGCCAGUGACCCCAAGCAUCAAUUCCAAGAGAUUGCCCGGGACGACGCGCAUCGAGCUGGGGGCGGGACCCGUCCAUUCGGAAGAGACCCCGGUCAAAGCGCUCAGCACCGGCCGGAUUCACGCUACCGAGAUUUGGGUCAAGACCGCAUCUCCUCUGGAUCCGUCUCUCCGCCGGAAAACGGUUUCAGCCAGGGUAAAGGUCCCACGCGGAACGACCGCCCACUCCAACUGAGCGCCAGGCCUCCUCACGACUCCCUUCGCACCAGCUCGAGGAUUCGAGUUUUACCCGGCGGACCCGUGGCGAGAACCCCACACCGCAGCUGGAAACCGGAGACCGACGGCUACGACACGGACAGCAGCCAGGACUCCCGCGCAGCCGGGACUCCCGCGGGAAACGGUCGAAGCAGAUCCGGCCGUCCCUGGAAGCCCAAGAGGGAGGCCCUCAACGUGGACAGCGUCUUAACCGCCGACGCCGCCGGCCCGGACCGCCGGCGGCCCGGCGGCAAGUCGCCGACGUGGGAGUGGGAGGCCAAGAGCCUCAUGACCAUUUACGAGGACGACCAGAGGCACGAAAACGGCAGCGGCCGCGGCUCCCCGGAUUCCCUCGGCCGGGGCGGCUACGUCGACAAGGACACGUCGAAGGGCGCGGCCGCUCUCAAAGUCCGCAACGACAGCUGGAAGUUCCAGCGCACGGAAUCCGGCUACGAGAGCAGCGACAAAAUUAGCAAUAGCUCUGCCAAUCUGGACUCUCCCGUCGUGGAAAACUUUCCGCCCAAGGAGCUACGACCCAUGCCUGAGCUGCAGUUGACCCGGGAUCAAUUUCCUCCGAAGGCAAGUGACGACGACGCCUCGCACGCUACCUUUUCCACCAGUGAAAAAGGGAGAAAGUCCCCAGACCUGCGUGACUCAAACAAGCCUUUACGGAGAAAACGAGCCUUUCGGUGUACUCCCGGAGUCAUGCAAAGCAACGGCCCCGACAGCGAAAGGGAAGAUAACACCGAUAGUCCGGUGAGCCCGGCGCCGCCUUACUUGACCAAGACCAGCAGUUCUGAGCGGAUCAGCUCAGACGACCUCGCCGGACCCUUCUCGGAACGCGAGGAAUUCCCCCCGAAACCCCUCGGUCGCGAUCACGCCGGCUCGUCGGAUCCGCCGGAGAUACCGGCCCGUCGGCCCCAAAGCGCCACGGCCGCGCUGUCGCACAACACCCUGAUCCGCUGGAUCGAGACGCCCGCCGAGCGCAGGCUCUCGUCCGACGCCGGCUCCGGCAAGUCCUCGGACCAGGACCGCAACGACCUGUCGGCCGGCGAGAGCGACGAGAGGACCUCCGGCAGGGAAGGCGCCGAAUCCCCUGACGUGGUUCUGCCCACCACGUACUUCUCCGUGGACAACUGCAUGACAGCCACUUACCGGGCCAAAUACCACAAGAGGCCCGCUUUGAACAUGAGAGCCGAGGACCACACGUCUUCGGGAGAGAGCGACGUGGACGCCAGAAGACUUCCCGCUGACAGACCGCAACCAGGCUAUUCUGCUUCUACCAAGCCCGUCGCCAAGUGGAACCCGGUGACCCCAAAAGGACUCGACGAGCACGGGUUCCUGUAGGCGGCGCCAAAGCAACCACGAGCCUGAAAAAACUCGAGACAAACCGCUCACUAUGCAUUUACGACUGUUGUACAGUUUGAAUGUCUCGAACGCGAAUGUGGCAGCCGAACGGAUUUGCACAACCGGAACGGUACCAAAAACCAGGAAGUGUCCUCUUUUCAGGUCUUUCAAGUCAAAAACGACUCUGACUGCUUUCGCGAGUUUGUACAGUCCUGGUACGAUAAUGGAUCCUAGGGAUCCGUGGAAAUGGGUCCAGCCUCAAAGCUGCGUGGGGGGUACUGCGACACUCCGGGGGGGGGGGGGGGUCUCGAACUUACGGGCCGAAGUGAUCAUCAGGUGUGAAUGUCAUCUUUUUGUCUUAUUAUGUUAAUAAUAAAAAGGCACAUCGAACCUCUUUAGGUGACGGGUAGUUCACGCCAAUUAGCAAACACAAAAGUCUUAGCACUGGACGGCACUCCUUACACAAGCAUUUUAUUUGAGGUAGUAAUUAUGUAAGUGUGUAUUAAUUGUUCAUGGCUAAAUAUUUGAUACAUGACCCAGUGCCUUUUUGUAUUUUUUAUUUUAUUUUUUUGUGGUCAAAACAAGGUUUGGAUCAAAUGUAAUUUGUUAAAAAAAAAAUUCCAGAGACUUUUUUUUUUCCAAAUUAAUCACCAGUUGAGUUAAAUAAACAGUUCUGAUUAAACUUG